AUGACACCCGAAGAGCAUACCGCCUUUCGUCGGGCUUACGAAAGGCGUAUUGAGAUCAACAACGACGCUAUGCAAAAACGUGGUCUUGCAAACUUACUGACACUCCCUCCUGAGGUACGACAGAUGAUAUACAAAUACCUCUUCGACUACAGCGACACAACGGAAAUCAUAGCUCGCAAAUACUUUGUCCGCCCCAACGACGCGAAACUCCAUCAGGUCUGCAGGCUCCUAAAGGCCGAAAUCGACGAAGAUUUCUAUACACGACAAACCUUCACCUUCAAAACCAUACCGGCGCUGGAUCUAUGGAGCAAAAUCCACCGUGAUCGCCUCUCACUCAUGCAGCGCAUCGAGCUAUGUUCCUCCUCGCCCUCAAUCAUCGUGCCAUUCACCGAACAGUGUCCACGAUUGAAAAUCCUCAUAACCGAACGCCAUAAAAUUGAACAUUAUGACUUCGAAGCCGAUGUGCCUAGACUAUACCAGCUGGACUUAGCUACUGACGACACAUUCUGGACGCUCGACACUUUACUCAUGUGGCGCCAACCAGAAGCGAUUCUCGAGGCGAUCCCACGAUUUCGGCUCGGAUGUGUCGAAUACUCGCUGCGAAAGAACGACAGAGACCGCUAUAGAUUGAGGUUCUGCACGGAUCGACUUGUUGCCGCUAACACGAAAACGUGCGAGUGGACGCCAAUCAAUGUUCAGCAGUUGAGCAAGAAUAUAGACGAGGUGAUCAGUCAAUUAGAACUUGGUCGUCGCAGAAUCUGGGAUACCUGUGUCCACAAAUUUGUAAAGAACAAAUUGGGACGAAGCAUGAAAUCACCUAGUAUUGCGACAUUGAAAUCGUUGCCGUGA